AUGGGGAACGAAAGCUCGUCGCUGGGUGAAGUAGCUCGCUCUAGUGACGAAGAUGAAAACACUGUCGAGGGUGGCAAAUGCUAUGGUUUUCGUGUCAUCGGCAUACAGGAGCUGUCACCGGCAUCUGAUGCUGGCUUUGUGAGCUUCUUUGACUUUAUCCUCGAGGCAAAUGGCAUUCGGCUGGACACAAAAGAUGCUACAUUUAUGGAGCUGAUUGCCCAUAGUGAGGAUCGGCCUAUGCAGCUGAAAGUGUACAAUGUGAAGGCGCAGACUACGCGAGAAUUACAGCUUACACCCAGUCGAAAGUGGCCGGGAAAAGGUCUGCUUGGCGUGACCAUUCGCUUUGACUCCUAUGAAGGUGCCGAGGAUCAUGUAUUGCACAUACUUAGCGUAGCAGAAUCAUCGCCAGCCGAGCGUGCGGGACUUCGAGCUGAUUCUGACUAUCUAUUAGGCACGCCUGAGCGUGUCUUUGCGGAUGCAGAGGAUCUGCAUGAUGAGAUUUUGGACGCAUUGGAUGGAUCAUUUCAAUGCUAUGUAUAUAACUCGUUGGAGGACCAGGUUCGCAUCGUGUCAAUUGUCCCGACCGAGCGAUGGGGAGGCGAAGGUAUAUUAGGGGCUGAAGUUGGUCAUGGUUAUCUCCAUCGCCUCCCAUCUGUUUGUCGAAAAACCAUUGGCGCUUCUGUAGGCUUUGUUCAACUUCCUAAAGAAGCCAAGGCAGCCACAGAUGCUUUUUUGAAGCCGCAACGACGGAAUGAUGAUAAUUUAGUAACCACAACUACCAGCAGUAAGCAGCAGAAACAAGAAGAAGUUGCUGACCAAUCGACGAGAGAUAUCGUCGAAAAUUCUCGAGAAAAGGAUUCGUCGAGUGAAGCAGAUCAGGUCAAAUACCGGGAGCAACUAAAUCAGGAAUUAGGAGAUGCACGAUUAGCCUCUAAAGCAUCUGAGACAGCUUGCUUGCAGACCCCUGAAGCACAAAUAUUAAUCAACUUCAUCUUACCGUACUAUUAUGAUCAUGAGCAAUGCAAACGCCCGUAA